UAUCAUUUUCUUUAUCGGUCAGCUUAGUGGCGUUCUCACCUGAGUUAAAAAUCAAUUGUCUAACUUUGGGGGUAAAGGAAGUUAAAAACAGAACUAUUAAGAUGCCCUCGCGAAGCAAUGAAGUGAUUGAUGUACGCAAUGACACAUAAAGUUGAACAAACAAGAACGAUAUCUUCAGUCAGAUUUUGAAUAAAUAUUCCUCUAAAGCUUAUUUGCACUCGGUAAACACUGCCCGCUACCUACUUCGUUCAGCUCAUUUAGCUGUGGUUUUCCUUGAGCUUUGUGCUAUUUAAACCGCAAGCUUCAUUAAAGCGCUCAACAGAUUUCCGAAAAUCUUCUGCGUGCUUAGUUCGCUUAUUCGUUUGUGGUCAUGACUUACGCAUACCUGCAUGAGCUCACAUAUCCAAUGUCGAGGCCACGCAAUGACUUGCUCCUCUUCAAUAAAGUGAGUCCAAAGACAAUGCCGACAAAGAAGCCGACAAGGAAGCCGACAUUAUGUCAAGUGGUGUUGCCGUAUUGCAAAGGCUACUGCGACAUCUCCUCCUUGCAUGGCGUACGCUAUCUGACCGACCCAAAACUUUACUAUUUCGAACGCGUCAUCUGGUUGCUGCUGAUGAUCGCCACCACCUGCGGCUGCCUGUACGUUUACGAAGAUUUGGCCGAUUUGUACUAUUCGCAACGCAUUCAUACGAUUGUCGAGGACUCCGUUUCGGCCAUCUUCACUAAGCCAUUCCCGGCGAUUGGCAUAUGUCCACGCAACCGCAUCAAUUGGCCAAAGCUAAUGGAGGCACAUGAAGUUUUUCUCGCACGAAAUGCCAGCGACGAAGCGGUGCAGACAUUUCGUCGCUUCUUCGCCAUAAUGGGCGAUUUUAGCUUUGGUGAUUUUAACCACUUGCGGCGGCUGUAUCGACUUGAUUUGAAUCUGACACUGCUGGACAAUGUGGACAUAAUGGACGUAAUGCGUUAUGUUGGUUUCACAUGCGAUGAGCUGUUCGUGCAGCCCUGUCAUUGGCGGCGCAACGCAUACAAUUGCUGCGAACUCUUUUCGAUGGAACGUACGGAGUAUGGAUUUUGCCUUGUCUUCAAUUCGGUAGUCACAAAACGGGGUCGUGAGCGAAUGCUUAAGGACCGUUAUUAUCCGUAUCACAACGCAAAGACCACCGAGUUAUCUGGUUUGGAUGUUGUCAUAAAUCUUGACGAGACCAAGCAACCGCCUAAUUUUACUCGCACAAAUGGAAUCUAUGUUAUGGUCAAACAGCCGGAACAAUGGCACAGUGACACACGCUUUAUCAACCCUAAUACAUACACAAAAAUACCGGUAAUACCACAAUUCACCUCAACAGACGAAAGAACACGUGCGGUGAGACCAGAAGAGCGGCGCUGCUUCUUUCACAACGAAAAUGAUCAUCCUCUUUACAAGAAAAUCCCAGGUUUGGAAUAUCGACGUGGCAACUGUUUCACACGCUGUCAUCAGGAAUAUGUUUUCAAGCUAUGCAAAUGCAAUUUGCGAGUGUUCUUUCCACAAGAUGAAAGUGAUAAUAUAACGGCAUGUACUGCAAAGGAUUUCAAGUGUCUCUAUGAAUAUAGAGGUAGCUUUAGUGCGUUAAUGUGUAGCACCACUCAAUACAAAUGCAUACUUGUGCGCACCAACACAACAGCACUUUAAUGCGCUCAUAUGUGAGCAAGCACCAUAGUGAUUUGUACUUGUUUGACUUCACUCAAUUCGCAUUUUUCCUAAGAACUUACUCGGUAUUGACUUUUACUUUUGCAGAAGUUUUCAAAACCGACAAUCUCUUGGCGGAAAGCCGGUAUGUUGAGGCCGUGUCCAAUCACACUAUGAUUUGUAACUGUUUGAAUAGCUGCAAUCAGAUGAUAUACGUCACCAGUUACAUAAGUAUGCCGCUGGAAGAGUGAGUUUAACUUAUUUAUUAGUUAUUUAAAGG